CUGAUGUCCUCCAUGUGUUUCUGAAGUGAAGCUCAGUAAAGAGACUUUGUGCUUGUUGUAGUUGUGACAGGAAGAUGAAGAUGUUUGUGGUGUUUGUGAUCCUCGUGCACGUUUCCCAGCAUGCUUCAGCUGUGGAGGUGGAUAAGAGGGACCCGUUUGUCCUGCUGCCCUGUGACUUUCCCACUGUUGGACUGAACGAGCCCUCAGUGGUGUGGAGCCGCUACGAUCUCAAUCCUUCAACCGUCCACCAGCGUCAGCAGGAAGGUGACGAACUUAAAGACCAAAACCAGCUUUACAGCAGCCGAACAUCCAUGAAGACUGACGCUCUGGAAACUGGAGACCUCAGCCUCCAUCUGACAAAACUCCACCUCUCUGACAGCGGCUCCUACACCUGCACCGUCAGAUGGUUCAGAGGGGGGAAACACAGAGAACUGAGAGUGACGGACGUACAUCUGCAGGUCAAAGAACGAUUCCCAUCCUGGGCCAUAGCUCUCCUGAUUGACCGGCUCUUUUAGCACAUAGUAGGCAUUAUUUCAUGUCAG